ACGAGCUGCUGUUUACAGUACAGAUUUUGUUUUUGUCGUUGAGGUCGCUGUUUGGAGACGUUUCAUUACAGAAUGUCGCUUUAGCGAACUCUCGGCCUCAUUAAGAAGUUUUCCGUUCAAUGUGUGAAGAUGUUGGACGCGGCUCAGCGGCUGGAGAACACCUCCACAGAGGUGCUCGUGAUCCCAGAGAACCAGCACUGUGGACAGGUAGCGGACAUCCAGAGAGCUGAACUGGCUCCUGGAGGUUCCCUGCUCGGAUGUCUGGAGGUCCGGGGGCGGCUAGUGGUGUGGGACCCGGCGGACAGAGAGGCUCCUCCGGCCGUAGUGGACGGGUGGUUCACAGACUUCUCCUGGGAGGAGGUGCCUGUCUGCAGUCGUGGAAACAGCAGCUUCAGACUGUUGGCUGUUGGAGGUCAGUGGGACCUGAAGCUGCUGGAGGUGGAAGCAGAGCGAUCAGCCUCCAUUGCUCUGCACUCUGUCUGUGAAUGUCCUGCAGAUCGCUUGCUGCAGAUCAUCAGAGAGCAGGACCACAGUGUGCGUGACCUGCAGUCGGUCCGUGUGUUGUCAUUUUGUGCCGACCGCUGCUGUGCGCUGCUGAACGGUGAUUGGCUGCUGCAGCUGCAGUGGCAGCAAACGGAGGAGGAGCCGCAGACGUUGUCUUGCUCCAGCAUCCAGCUGACUGACAGCAACAGACAUGCUGCUGUCCAUCACUGUGUCUGCAGAGAGACCCUGUUCGUCCUCAGCUCCGCUGGACUCGUGUCUGUGUACAACAUGUCUGACGGCAGUCCGCUGGCCAGCGUCGACCUCCCUGCUUACCUGAGCUCUGGUCUGAGAGAUGAUGACUUCACCUCCCCUUCCUCCUCCUCCUCCUCCUCCUCUCCCCCCUUCUGCCUCCUCCAGGUGUCAGCUGAUCUCAGUACGGCCGUCGCGGUCACUCAGUCUCGCGCCGCCGUCGCCGUCGACCUCAACCACUACUUCAGGACGUACCCGGACCACCUGCUGUGCGCUGAGCCCCCAUCUCGCCCCGCUGUCCGGCCCCAGCACCCGAGAGACCAGGAUGGCCUGUUGAGCUCCACCUCCAGCCUCUUGUCCCUGGGCUCAGCCUUCAGUACUGACCGCUCCUGGGAAGCUCGUCUGGCCUCCAUGUACAGCAGAGCCCAGCAGGCUGCAGCCCCCUCCUCCUCCCAGCCUGCUGGGGGCUCCUGGUCCUCCUCGCUCCACCACCUGGAGACCCACCAGGCUCCAUCCUCGGCCCACAGCAGAGUGCCUCGCGGUGGGGCAACUGUGGCCUUGUGUGUCCCGGAGUCGUCCGCUCCAUCUCUGCUCACUGUGUCUGAGUUCUCCACCCAGCUGACUUUUGUCUCCCCUGGCAACAGACAGACCACAGUGGCAUUAUGGGAUUUAGAGUCCGGGAGUGUGAGCUACCACCAGGCCGAGGGCGAGGCAGCUCCGGUUCAGCGCUGUGGAGAGAGACAGCACAGACUGCUGCUGAGGAAGGCUGGUGUGUUUCAGGUCUUGUUCUCAGUGUCCCAGCAGGACUUGCUCAGCAGGUUGAUGUUGUUCGGCAGUGCAGCGACAGUAGACACAGUCUGUCACCUGAACAGCUGGGGGCGCUGCUCCAUCCCCAUUCACGCCCUGCAGGCUGGACUGAAGAACCGUCAGCUGGACACGGUGGACUUCUACCUGAAGAGUAAAGAGAACGUCCUGAACCCCGCUGCCGAUCAGCCGGCAGCCUCCACGCUGACAGAAAGUGUCCAGGAGUUGUGUCCUGCGAUGGACCUGCUGUGUUCAGCUGUCAGAGAUUCAAACAGUGAAGCUCAGAGUCGACAGUUCUCUGAACAGCUGCUCAACAUCACCAUGAGCUUCAUCAGCACACAGACCCGCUCUGUCCUGUCCAACACACACCAUGAAGAUGCAGACGUGCGGAGCUGUGUGGACGUUCUGGACCGGUAUGUCACCGAACUGAGGAGCUACAUGAAGAGAUACCCCUGGCCUGCAGGGGGCGAUACCUCCAGCACCAGUUCUGCCGAUCCCGCUCAGGAGGAGGCUCAGGGGGACGAGUGGGAGCAGCUGCAGACAGAGGAAGUAGUCCGUCAGUCUAUCCUGACCAAUCAGAUCCCUAGAGCUCAAGCCGUCCUGCGGAGGCGGAGCCGUCCAGAGCAGCAUCUGUCCGCUCUGAAGAUGGAGGGUCUGCGUCAGGUCUUCACCUGCCUGCGGCGCCGAGACCUGCAGACCGCCAAGAAGCUCCUCACCAACAUGGGUUUCAGUGUGAAGAAGCAGCUCCACAGUAUCUGCCUCUACACUGACGACGACGACCUCCGAGAGUUUGUGGUGGCGGAGCUGUCAGGGCAGAGUUGUUUUCCAGAGGAGGAGAUGCAGAGUGUGGCGUUCAUGAGGGAGAUGGAGAAGCUGGGAUCGCUGCCUGCAUCCCGCUGCCCUGCUGAUACCACAUCACGCAGGGCGGUACAGAUGAUCUGCAGGGAGGCCGGUGGUGGUGAGGAGGUUUUGGAGGAGCUGGUGGGACAGAAGAGGUCUGAGGAGAACAGGGGGCUGUGGAGGAACCUCCGACUGGACUGGGUGAGGAACUGGGACCAGAGCUGCCAGACCGCCGUCCUCCUGUCCAGACUCCAGCACACAGAGCUGAGUUCCUGUGACUCGGCGAUGUUGUGGCGUUACUUGACUGCCCUGCACGACCGACGCCGGGUGGUCGACUGGAUCGACUGGAACAGCGAGACCUCCGGCGCCUCCUGGUGGCCUGAGUUAACCCCAGAGCUGGUCAACAACAACACAGUCUGCAGCACCUACAUGAGGGAGAACAUCCUGGACCUGCUGGCCAGGAGGCGUCUGUUCAUCCCAGAGGAGCUGGCAGACUUGGAGCAGCUGUUGUGGCGUCUGGCUCAGGGUGGAGGAGUGAUGGCUUCAUCUCCGCCCGUCCUUCAGUACCGCACCCCGCUCGGCCUCGACCUCCACAGCCUCUUCAUCACCUUCUGCCUGGGCCGCAGCCUGCAGUACCUGCUCUACACCUACCUGGAGCACUACAGGCUGACACCCAGAAACUGUCCCCUCCUGACCAAUCAGAGCCUGUCUGAGAGCCAGCCCUGGUUUGAGAUGAUGGUGAAGAUCCAGGAGAUCACCAGAGAUCUGUCAGAUCCAGGUCUGGUCUUCCAGGCCAGUUUAACCAGUGCUCAGGUGCUGUUGCCGGGCAGCCAGGCGUCUCUCAGCAGCCUGCUGUUAGAGGGACACAGUCUGCUCGUCCUGGCUGCUGUCAUGUUUGCCCCCGGAGGAAUCGACCAGGUGGUUGUUCAGGGUGAAAGGUCAGGACGGUCAGAGAGGAUAGUUGACCCCCAGCUCCUGAAGAUGGCGCUGGCCCCGCAUCCCAAACUGAGGGCCGCCCUGUUCCCCGCCGGGCCCCGAGGAAGCAGCUCGUCCUCUGAUGUCUCUGUCUACCACCUCCUGCAGUCACUCCAUCCUCUGGACCCGUCCAGGCUGUUCAGCUGGCAGGCAGCAAACACUCUCAACUCCACAGAAACAUCAGAGCUGCCUCAUUUCUCCAGCCCACACCUGGUCAACAGGUACGCUCUGGUGGAGAACCUGGACUUCCUGUAUUACCUCCGUCAUGGCCGACCAUCAUUUGCAUACGCCACCUUCCUCGUCCAGCAGCUGAGCGGCUGCAGCGACGUCGCACUGCUGCUGCAGCACACCUGGCAGCAGGUGUACAGGUUGACCCUGCAGUGUUUCAAUGUGCCGUCUGUGGCGUCAGCGAGUGUUUGUUUCUGUGAGCUGCUGGGAGUCUGCAGCCUGAAGCUGAGGGUCGACGUCAGAGCCAUCAUGACCAUCCUGCAGCACUGGAGCCAACGCAACACACACACUGCUGCAGCACAGCAUCUACACACACUGGGUGUAAAGCUGGCGGAGGCGGAGCCUGGAGCAGCAGAGGAGCUGAUUGGCCACCUGGAAGCUGCAGUGACGGACAGCCUGGAGCAGAAGGGCAUCAGCAGGUCGUCUUAUGAGGCAUCUCAGGAGUGGGCGUUGCCCGUUCAGUUCUGUCAGCUCCACAGGCUGAAGCUUAGCUCUGUUUACCCCGCCCACUGUGCUGAUGACGGACAGUUUAUCCAUUUCCUGUUGUUCGUCCAGCUGCACAACUUCCCGCCACAGCAGGUGAGGUCAUUGGUAGCUCAGUUUGGUCCCGCCCUGCAGGCCCACCUGAGUCUGGCGUUUCAGGACCUGCAGGUGUACGGUCGGAGGAGGAGCUGUGGCUCUGAGGAGCAGUCAGGGUCUCUGAGGACUGAGGAGACCCCCAGGAGCCAGGAGCACCCCAGGGAGCUGUUCCAGGUCCUCCUGCAGAGCCAGGAGGAGGCGGCGCCCUGCAGGUACCUGCUGCAGGAGGCACUGGUGCAACGCUGCCCAACACUGGCUGUCAUGGCUGCCUGUCAACAGGAGGCGGAGCUGCUGCCCUGUCUGUGUGUGUGGGUGUUGACCUCUGUCGAUGACGUCACAGCUGGUGAAGCCACCUCCCACCUGGUCGAAGCCCCCCAGCACCACGAGUGGACCCUGCACGACCUGUCAAUCAUCUGGAGGACGCUGCUGGGGCGGGGCCAUAUCAGGCCCCUCCUCCGAGGCUUCGAGCUCUUCCAGAGGGACUGUCCUCUGGUGUUGGUGCUGAGGAUGUUUGAGUUGUGUUGUGACUACAGGAACUUCGCUGAGGCCAAAGCUAAACUGCUGGACUUUCAGAGGAUGCUCGUCUCUCAGAGAAAUGGAGGACCAGCGCCAUCUGGUGGACUCCCCCUGCAGUGGGUGGAGAGCCAGGCCUCCGUGCUACUCCUCACCAUGCUGCAGCACUGCUCCUCUCAGUACGACCUCCACCGGCUGCUGCAGCUUCUGGCCGACGUCGACAAACUCCUCAAAUCCAACGGUCUGGACUUCAGGAAGCUGAGUCAGCUCAGUCAGUUGCUGCAGGGGUCAGAGGUCGGCCUGUCUCCCAGGCUGCUGCAGUGCGCUUCUCCUUCUGUCCAGCAGGAGGAGUUUCUGGCGGCAGUGGACGGUCUGCAGGCCAGGGGACGCUACAGUCAGGCGCGGCAGGUGGCCCAGCUGGCCGGCCUGUCCGUCCACCACCUGCUGCUCAGUCAGCUUCUCCAGGAAGUGAACUCCCAGAAGUCCAAGCGGCAGUGGAGACGGUUGGAGACACGAGUGAGUUUCUGGAGGAAAUGUCAUGAGCAGCUGAAGGCUGAGGGCGCUGAUCCAGAAUCAGCCUCCCAGUUCUUCCUGUCCCAGGCUGAAAGUGGGACGGCGGACUCGUCCGGGGCUAUCAAGGCUCAGACCGUGCUGCUGGACGUCCGGGACCGCUGCCUGCUGCUCUGCCUCGCCGCUCACUGGCUCUCGCUGCUCAUCCCGGCUCCCGUGGACCAGCUGGAGAGCCUGGAGAAGAAACUGUGGAUGAGCCGAGUCCGCCAACGUGUCCUCACCGUCGCCGUGGAGAAGGACAGCGUUUUCAACCUGCAGCCGCCCCCCAUCACGCCUGAGAUGAACACGUACGAAGUGCUCAUGAAGGAAUUCUCCUUCUCCAACAUAUCAGGCCUGAACACAGAGGAGCGUCUCAGUCUGGAGGGACUCCCUGGUCCCUCUGAGGAGCAGGAGGACCUGAGUAUGGACUCGGCCUUGAGUCCAGAGGGGAGGAGCAUUCUGGCCGCGCUGACCGGACAGUUGCUAGAUGAAGGCAGCAUUCACGAAGCCAGCCGGGUCUGCCGUUACUUCUCCCUGCACCACCCCGACAUGUGGGUGGUGCUGCGCUGCCGAGGACUGGCCUCUGGAGAACUGAGCCCUGAAACACAGGAAGAGGCCUCAGAAGCUCUGCCGACGAAGAGCGUGACGAGCUCUCCCUCUAUCAGCAGCCUGCUGUCCUUCGUGAUGCUCCCCCCGCCCGAUGACGAGGUCGCCGUCCAGCUCCAGAAACUGGUGGAACAGUGUCGCCACGGCAACAACUACUGCAAACAGGUCCUCAGCCUGUACCAGCUCUCCAAGGAGCUGCAGUGUUCCUUCAGUCAGAUCUGCAGGGAGGAACCUCGCUCGGUGCUGGAGAAGCUGCUGCUGUCGGACCAGCCGGAGCGCUUCAGGAAGGCUCAGGCCUUCGUCAAAGCUCAGGGUCUCUCUGCGGACACUGUGGCCGAGCUGGUCUCCUCCGCCGUGGUCCAGGCGCUGCUGGCCCCCACCCAGGAGCUGCAGCCCGCAGAGAGGCAGGUAUUCAGGCCGGAGGAGGGCCGGGACUCGCUGGUCCAGCUGAUCAAACUGUGUGACGAUCCAAACCUGGUGGGAGUCAAACUGCUGGAAAACCUCAACAAUGUUCCACUGAGAGACCUGAGCUGCAAGGGUCUCCAGUCCUCUGGUAACAGGUCGUCUGUCUCCUGCUGUGCUCCAGUUGUAGAGUUGCUGAUCGUGGCUCACGACUGUUUCAGCCUCACCUGUAACAUGGAGGGCAUUGUCAGAGUGCUCCAAGCUGCCCGUCACCUCAGCCACGCCUACCUCGCCCCGGGAGAGCACUACAGCCUGCUGGUGCGUCUGCUCACAGGUAUUGGCAGGUAUAAUGAGAUGACGUACGUCUUUGACCUGCUGCAUCAGAGUCAUCGCUUUGAGAUGCUGCUGAGGAAGAAAGUAGAAACAGACAGAGGACAGAGCUCCAGUCUGAAGACGGCUCUGCUGGAUUACAUAAAGCGCUGCCUCCCUGCAGACAGCGAGAAGCACAACAUGGUGGCGCUGUGUUUCAGCAUGAGGAGGGAGAUCGGAGAAAACCACGAAAUGGCGGCCAGAACGCAGCUGAAGAUCAUCGAGUCUCAGGCCUGGGUCGUCGGCCCUGAUCUGAAGACUUCGCUGGUCAAAGUGUUGAAUCUGCUGAAGGACGCCGCAGAGAGCUUCUCCAAGGACUCGUGUGUGCGUCAGGCGACUCGCUGCGUGCGAACGGCCAAGCUGGUCGCUCUUCAGCUUCACUUCCUGAAUCAGGGAUCGGACCUGCGCGUCAUCAACCUGCGACCCACAGAGCUACUGAGCGCCGUCACGUCCCUGCCACGAUGCUUCCAGGUGUUUGUGGUGUCGGAGGCCUACAGCUACAGUCCAGACUGGGCAGAGAUUUUGUACCAGAAGGUGAUCCUGAAUGGAGACUUUGGUUACCUGGAGGAGCUGAAACGCCUCCGUCCACUGACCUCCAGCCUGUUCGAGGACAUUUUCAGAAAGCUGGACGGCGCCCCCAGCAGCACCGCUCCGAACGUGAAGCGCCUGCUGACGCACUGCGAGGACGUGUACGGCCGCUACAGGCUGGCCUACCAGCAGAACAUGUACGAUGUCACCAAAACGCUGCUGCAGGACGCCAAGACCUCGAGCUACCUGAACGACCGGCUGGCCAGCUGACCGAACUGACUGAACAGUGACUGACUGACAGAGCGAGUGGCUGAAAUACACGCACACACACAACGUGUCAAUGGAAUCGUACAGAAAAUAAUACCUUUGUGUUUUCUGACUGAACUAACUCGUCAGUGGAGAUGAAUUAAAAUGACGACUGAAAAUUAUCUGUUUCUAUGAAUAAAUGAGAAAGACCUGAAUACUGUAGAGUCCAGAGUCUCUUCACCACAUGACAUAAUGACCCUGAUAUUAAAGGCUGUUGUGAUCGUUUUGAUCAGAUGCUGCAGAUCAAUAGAUUUCUGAGCUCCCUCACCACCGUCCUUAUUUUUGUGUUUUAUUAGCAGACCGACUCUUUUCAGUGUGAAUCACUACAGAGUGAA